AUGGCACCAGUAAAAGGACCGAAAAAACUCCUAAAAUCAAUGGAGAAACCCAUCGACAAACCAAUUUCAAAAUCAAAGAAGAUGAAGAAGAAGAAUUACCAGAGUUUCUCCAUAUAUCUCUACAAGCUACUACGGGCCGUCGCGAAAGAAAACUUAGGAAUAUCAAGGAAGUCUAUGCUGAUUAUGAAUAAUUUUGUCAAUGACAUGCUGGAGAAGAUUGCUGAAGAAGCAGGAAGAUUGGUGGCUCACAGUAAGAAGACCACUAUGAGUAGCAGAGAGAUUCAGGCAGCAGUCAAGUUAAUAAUCCCUGGAGAAUUAUCAACUCACGCGAAUAUUGAAGCAAUGAAAGCCAUCAGUAUGUACCAUAAGAGCCACGAAAGGGAUGCCGCGGCGAAAAUUUAA